CUCUUUUUUUUUUUUAUGAAGACGGUGAUUUGUGGAGUCCAGAAUAUGACAACUAUAAGAAGAUUGAGUGCCGAAGACCUUUUACACUUUAAUAGCGUCAAUCUUGAUCAGUUAACAGAGACUUUCAAUCUUGGGUUUUAUUUCAACUACCUUGCCCGUUGGCCUGACUAUCAAUAUGUGGUUACUGAUUCGCAGUCGACUACAGUUGCGUACAUAAUUGGGAAAGCUGAAGGUGCAGGUGACCUCUUUCACGGUCACGUGUCUGCUGUGACUGUGGCUCCCUGGUUUCGACGUAUGGGUUUGGCCUCUUUGUUAAUGGAGAUCUUAGAAAACGUCUCCGAGAAAGUUUACCAAGGGUACUUUGUCGAUUUAUUCGUUCGAGUCAGUAAUCACAGGGCAAUCGAGAUGUACAAGAAGCUGGGCUAUAUUGUUUAUCGACGCAUUAUUGGAUAUUACUCUGGAGAAGAAGAUGCGUUUGAUAUGAGGAAGUCGCUGUCGAAGGACCCUGAAAGGAAGGCAAUGAUUCCAUUGGACAGACCAGUUUAUCCCUCAGAGGUCUUACUCACAGACUAAAGAUUCUCAAACUUGAAAGAUAGAUAGAAUCAUAGAAGAGGCUUUCCUGGUUCCAAAUUGCUGAAGAUGAAGAAGAGUAAGUGUGAAAUCACUGCUUUAGUAAACUUGUAGGACAUCUUCAAGUUUCAAUUUGAUAUGGCCAGUAUUCUUAAGGUAGCGGUUAUCUAAGUAUUGCACUCUUUACAAUAUCUCUGUUCGAUUACAUUUGGAAAACAAACUAAGCGUUGUAAACUUACCCAAAAACAGUUUUCCAACUGCCUUAAAUGAUUUCAAUUGGAUAAAUGGAAGCCCUUCGUACGUUUGGCUAUCGUUGAAUUAUCUGCAGAAUCCUUUGACUUUUAAAACAUUCUCUUUGUGAUCAAUAGAUCCUUUUAUUUUCCGGUUCAAGACUCUAACCAGCGGAAAGUUUUUUCUUGAAACAUUUCUGUAUUACAAAGAGUUUUUCGUCCCAGCACCUUGGCAAUAUUUCUCAUAGGAGUAGUAUUUGACACAGUAUCCUUGUUGCAAAAAAAACUAAAUAUAUUCUAUUAUGGAAUUAGAGAUGCCAUGUCCAUUUUGUAUCUAAAUGAGCAAUAUCUGCAAAGUUACGAUUGAGUGUGUUCAAUCUAUAAAAUCCUCACUGUAACU